AAUCCCUUACGAGGUACGGAACGGUGUCAAUACCACUUGCACGUCGCCAUUCAGUCGUUUACACAUUUGCACUUUUACCGCUUAACCGACCGGACACGGAAAAAGCACACGACCUUUCGGGUGUUGGGCGUGUGAGUGUGGGGUGCAAAUCAUUAGAAUUCGAAUCCGAACCAACUUCCUAUUGACGAUCGUUGAUUAUCGGGGCAACCUCCAGUCGUACUCUACUUCGUGCCGCAAGUCGUGCUCGUAAGUGCAUUACUAAGAAGUGCGCGUGUGGAUUACAGCGGCCAUCAUCAUCGUCAUCAUCACCGACGGGCGGGCUCGUUUGUCACCGCAAACGGCGGCCAUCGACAGAGCACAGCGGGACAGAGCAGCUCCCAGCUGGUCCCAGGAGUCAGUCAGAGACAGUCGUUAUGGAGCUGUUACUGAAGCUAGUGGCGUUGGUGUUGCGGUUGGUGAACUUUGUACUUGAACCGAUCCUAGCACGGUUCGGUGGACCGAAACGUACGGAACCGUUCCCGGCGAUUCGUGAUGAGGUGUUGCGUGUACCGGCGGUCGAGUUGGCGGAACAGAUACGCCAAGGUAGCCGCCGAUCGGUCGAUGUGGUCCGAGCGUACGUACUGCGCAUCCGUGAGGUGAACCCACUGAUCAAUGCCGUCGUCGAGGAGCGCUUUGAGGCCGCACUGGCCGAGGCUGUGGCCGCAGACGAAACCGUUGCCAUUGCACGCCGGAAUGGUGAUUCGUUGGACGAGUUGGCCAAACGAUCACCGCUGCUCGGUGUACCGAUUACGGCGAAGGAAAGCUGCUCGGUCAAGGGACUGUCGCUCGGUGGUGGCGUCGUACGGCGUCAGAAUAUUACGGCCGAUGCGGAUGGUGAGGCGGUUCGGUUACUGCGGGAAGCCGGUGCCAUUCCGCUGCUCGUCUCCAACACGCCCGAGUAUUGCUUGGGAUUCGAGGCGUACAACAACGUGACCGGCUGGACGCUGAAUCCGUACGAUCCGAGGCGCAGUGCGGCCGGUUCGUCCGGUGGUGAAGGAGCGCUGAUCGGGGCCGGUGCAUCGGUGUGCGGUGUGGGCAGUGAUCUGGCGGGUUCGAUCCGCAUUCCGGCCCUGUUCUGUGGCAUCUUCGGACACAAACCCACGGCCGGCGUCGUCUCCAUUAAAGGCCAUAUGCCCGUUUGUACCGAUGCACACUUCGAUCAGUAUCUCACCCUGGGGCCGAUGUGCCGAUACGCUAAGGAUCUACCUUUACUGCUGGAGGUGAUGAGUGGAGCGAAUGCCGGCAAGCUAAGGCUUAACGAACCGGUCGAUGUGACGAAGCUGAAGAUCUACUAUCCCCAGAAGCUCGAUCUGCGCAUUAACGCAGUGCCCAUUGCUCCAGAAAUUCGCGAAUGUUUGCGCAGCGCCGUGAAACACUUCCAGAACAAGGGCAUCUACUCGGAGACGAUCAACUUCAAGCACUUCCGCGACAGUAUGCAGAUCGCGUCGACAGAACUGCAAACACUGGACAAGGUACCGUCGGUUUUCGCUAACCCGAAUGCAAACCAGCUGUGGGAGCUGGUGAAGCUGCUGUUGGGCCAAUCGGAACACACGUUUGCCGCCCUGUUUAUGAACAUCCUAUCGGCAACAAAGCGAACCGUUAACGAGAAGGAUCGGCAACGAUACCUACGCAUAUCGGCCGAGUUUAAGCAGGACAUUACCGAAAGACUCGGUACCGACGGUGUGUUUCUGAUGCCUUCCUUCCCGAAGCCCGCCAUAAGACAUUACGAAUCGUUCGGUCACGUCACGGGCUUCAUGUACACGGCCGUCAUCAAUGCGCUAGGGUUGCCGGCCACGCAGGUACCGCUGGGAUUCAACCGGGACGGAUUGCCGGUCGGUAUACAGGUUGUGGCGGGCCCCAACCAGGAUCGAUUGUGCCUUCGGGUGGCCCAGGAGCUUGAAACGGCCCUAGGUGGAUGGCAGCCACCGAAGUAAAGAUUAUAGAGAAGACACCCGUAUCGUAUCGAGUGAAUGAUGUGUGUUUGUGUAGUCUGAGUAUGAGAGCCCAUUUAUGCAUAAUACUGCAUACUGCUAGAUGUCUGCGACACCUGAAACCAUUUGGAUGAUAUGGACCGGAACCUUGGAGCUCGUCGCCUUAUGCUGAGGCGCAUGUAUCGCUUCCCGUGAGGUGCGAGCAACUAUUACGUUUUUGUUACACCACGACCAGUUAAUAAACAUAGGACAAUAUUGUUGUAAAAUA